ACAUUUACCGACUGAGAGCAGUUCGGUUCGGUCCUGCUUUGGUUCUCUUUCGCUGCUCCUCAUCACUCUGUAAUGUAACUAAGACAAAUGCUGUUGCUGACCAAAUCAAAGCAGGACCUGUUUUCCAAACUAUCAUCAAACGGGUAAUUCACUGGCUUGAAUUUUGUGUUGAGGAGGAGCAUGAUCAUGAGGGAUGGUGUUAUUCUCCAGGCUCUUCUUUUCAUCCACAUCUCUGUGGCGUGCUUCUUCACAGCAGUGUCCUGUCAGUCUGACAGCAGCAGCAGUGUGGUGGUGGCCGGCUACAACGUCAGCGGCCCCGCUGGGUCCAACCUGGUACUGCAGUGCAUGAGUGGCCGCAUGGUGUGGACUAGGGACAGGGCACGGGACAGACAGAGGGUGGUCCACUGGGACAUGUAUCGGGAUGCCCCGGACUUUGCCAUGGAGAGAGUGGUGGACAUGUUCCCGGCUGGAGACCAGAGGCUGUACCACACCCACAAUCUGAGAAGGGUCAGCCUCAACCCAACAGCCUUCAAGGAUGGGAACUUCUCACUGGUCAUCAAAGACGUGAGGAUGAACGACAGAGGCCUGUACUCCUGCAACCUCCACCAUCUCUACUGCCACCUGCACGAAACAGUCAGAGUUCAGCUCAACGUGACCAAAUCAAAACGCAAGCAGCAGCGCUUCUGGGACGGACAGAAAGCGGUGUACGUGGUUCUGCAGGGGACCACCGCUGUGUUGCCCUGCAUCAACCGGCGCAGCGUCUGGACAGACUGGAGCGACGAGGAGGAGGACCAGCAGGUUGUCCACUGGGACCGUCAGUCCCCGGGAGUCCAGCAUGACAGUGCCGAUCGGCUGGUGGACCUGUACGCCUCUGGGGAGCAGCGCAGCUACGGGCCUCUGUUCCUGCAGAGGAAGAUGAACAUCAGCAACAAGGCCUUCGCAGAGGGUGACUUCUCUCUAACAAUAACAGACCUGCAGCUUACAGACCAGGGGACAUAUUCCUGUCACCUUCACCAUCAUUACUGCGGCCUGCACGAGCGGAGAGAGUUUCGAGUCACGGUGGAGGCCCCUCUGAUUCGGAGCACUCAGCCGGUCGUAACACUUCCCCGAGACAAAGACACCAGUAAAGCUGACGCACCGCAAGUCAUCAACUUCAUCCUGCCAGACCAAAAACACCACUUUCUCCUGCCGCUCGUCUACGUCCUCGCCUCCUUCCUGCUUCUGGCGUCCUUUACGCUCGUUGUCGUCCUCGUCAUGAAACGACGUAAAGCCAAAGAUUUCUCUCCCAAAGUUUCUGUUAGGUCCAGCAGAAGUCCCAGCAGCUCAGAUGAGUAUGAGAUAGACAUCGGUGAGGUGGACACAUUCACUCGAGAGGAGAAAGGAUUUGAAUACAAGAACAACCUGCUAAAAGAAAACACCCUGAUGAAGGCCCAGCCAAAAGUCAUUGAUCUUGACAAAGAGAUCCAGAAGUUUUCAAAGUGAGACAGAAGCGAAAUCUGAGUCACUGGCGGGUCCAGAGGCUGCAUUUUCUCUAGACAAAAACACAUCCACAUUACCCUCUGUCGUAGCCAGAGGAAACCAAGCUGGAUUUUUUUUUUCAUUGGGUUUUGCCAUCACUGGAACAAAAAAAAAAACAAAACAAAAAAACUUUGCUACAGACCUGCCGUGUUUCGGCACAAAAAAAGACGUUCUUUUUAAUUAUGGUGAGUUUCAGUGAAGACACGGUGCAAAUCGAGCCCUAAAUGGUACGUAAAGAAAGCAUGUAGAUAAGCUGAAUGGUAAGCAGGUCUCGUUUCAAGAUGCUUCUGUUCUUAAACUUUUGCUUUGUUCUUUACGUCGCUUAACGAAGUUAGACGGACUGAAGCAUUGCUGGAGUGUCACAAAUGUACGCUGCACAACAAUUUUCAUCGACUUCUCUUUUAAAGAUUCAAAAAUAAGAGCAGUUUUACGCUUAACGCCACUGCUUUGUCACUAACUCUUUAAAUAUCAAACAUAAAUUACUCCAUUUAUCCACAGCUAUAAAUUGAAGGUGGACAAGAGAAACCAAUGAGCAGAGGCUUCUUCUUCUAACAGCAGACUCUUCCGUUUGUCUGAUUGUUGAAUGUUUAUUCUCGUCUUGUAUCAUGGCAUCUUGCUGUGCUUUAAGCAUUCUGCGUUAAUUAAUCAUUUUAGAUGUCAUAAAGACACACUUUAGUUUUACUUUGUACAGUUUUAGUCCCUGGUCAUGGGCUCCCCCUAGUGGGGCAGCAUGAGUACUAACAUCCAUCCCAGUGGGACAACAGAUACUUUUUUUUUCUUUUUGCUAAAAUGAUGUAAACCAGCUUUUUCUUUGUUCGGUUUAGUGCCGUCUAUAAUGAAUGUCGUUUGUGCUGCUGCACUUUAAUGCUCGUACAUUCAAGGAAUAAAUAAAUGAGGAAUUUUA